GUGUAGUAGUAGCGUAGCCUCGUAGGUCAUUAAAGGCAACACCACUUCGCCUUUCCAUCUCUGUCCUCUCCCACCCCGUUUUUCUCUUUCACCAAAUUUAGGGUUUCAAAUAUUGAAAUGUGGAGGCAAAAUGGACCAACAAAUUGAAUCACCUAUCCCAAUAAUUCAUAAAGAAAUCCCUCAGCUGGGGUUUCAAUCUUUCUCUUCCUCUCCCCGAUUCCCCUCUACGCCGUCUGAUCCUGAUCAAACGGCCCUGGAUGACGAUAACCAUCUUCAUCAAGAGCUACAGAACCAGCUUGACUUGAAAGAGGGGUCUCUAAAUUCGAAUGAUUCUCAUGAAGAAGAAGAAGAAGAGGAGGAGGAAUUCAAGAGUGAUAAAAAGAUUGAAUUUUUUUAUGAGAGCAUUGAGAAGGUAGGUGAUGGUGGUGAUGAUUUAGAGAACAAGAAUGAGAGAAGUAACGACAUUGAGAAUAAUAACAGCAGUGGGUAUCAUCAGUAUCCUGUGAGACCUGAAGCAGAGGAUUGCGCCUUUUAUAUGAAGACUGGGACAUGCAAAUUUGGAGCUAAUUGCAAGUUUAAUCAUCCUCUCAGAAGGAAAAAUCAGACUGUCAAGGAGAAGACAAAGGAAAGGGAAGAAGCAACAGAGAAGCCCAGCCUGAUUGAAUGCAAGUACUACUUGAAGACAGGAGGCUGUAAGUAUGGAACAGCUUGUAGGUUCAACCACUCGAGAGCAAAAUAUUCAGUGCCCCCAGUGAAAAUUCCAAUGUCACCAGCUUUAGAGCUCAAUUUUCUGGGUCUUCCAAUCCGACUGGGAGAGAAAGAGUGUGAGUAUUUCAUGCGCAAUGGCUCCUGCAAGUUUGGAGCUAACUGCAAGUAUAAUCAUCCAGAUCCUACAGCUGUGGGAGGAAGUGACCAUCCUUCAACAUUUCUUAAUGGUGGAUCUGCUUCUCUACCAGUUCCAUCAUCAUCAAGUGUAGGUUCUUGGUCUUCACCGAGGGCAUUAAAUGAUCCUACAUCCUUUGUCCCAAUUAUGUUUUCACCAAAUCAAGGAGUUCCUCCUCAAAGUCCAGAUUGGAAUGGAUAUCAGGCUCCUCUAUACCCUCCAGAAAGAAGUCUGCAUCCACCUCUGUCAUAUGCCUUAAUCAACAUUGCAACUGAAAGCAAUGUCUAUGCACCUCAGCAACAGCAAAUAGUAGUUGAUGAAUUCCCAGAACGACCUGGUCAACCGCAGUGCAGUUUUUACAUGAAAUUUGGGGACUGUAAGUUCAAAUCCAACUGCAAAUAUCAUCAUCCAAAGAAUCGGAUCUCAAAGUCACCCCCACUAACUCUGAGUGACAAGGGCCUGCCACUGAGACCUGAUCAAAAUAUCUGCUCUCACUACAGCCGCUAUGGUAUUUGCAAGUUUGGGCCUUCCUGUAAAUUUGACCAUUCAAUACAACCAGCUUCUUCAAUAGGAUCUAGUGAUGAUCAGAACACUGCUUUUGGCAACUCUGUGACCCAGGAAGCGGCUAGAAUGGCUGAAAGCGGAAAUGGAAGUGAUACAGCGGUUGAGUAGCCUGUGUAAAAGUUUUGCAUCAAGCUUUCUAGUGUUCUAGGAUCAACAAAACCGAAGACCUAAAAUUUUCUCAUCGAAACAUGGAUGUUCUAUUGAACUUUUUUUUUUUUCCUUCCUCUUUUGAGCUGCCACAAGCUUUUCAAACGGUGGCAUUAUAUAUUUAUCUUGUUUUGCGUCA